AUGUCACAAGACGUGGCAUCAAAGUCUGUUUCAUCAGGAGAGAUGCCCUAUCCAAAAGAUGUGUACCCACUUAAUAUUACAGCCCGGGACUAUGACAAUACAUUCCAAGCGAUCAAAGUUCAGAGGGAAACAGCUCCGAAGGUAAAGGCCGAAUUUCCAGAUUUUCACAUAUGGAAACACACUUCCAUGGAUGACAAGCGGAUGUGUAAGCAUCUUCAAAAAGGUUAUUAUCAGCCGUCUGUUGUUUCAAACGAAUGUCAUUCAGGACGACAGAUAGUGAGCCAGCUUCUUCAUAGUGCAAAUGGUUCUGAUGGUCUUAAAAAUGGUACCGGGACUUCGAAAGACAAAGGUAAUGUGACCAAAAGAAAGCUCAACUUGAUGGGUGACGUAAUGAUGAAAGCAUUGAUCGAAAGACAUAAAAUGAACAGGAUACGAGGAAAAUCGACAUACCGACCUCCGCCAAGAGUUACUUUAACAGAGCAUAAAAGGGAAAUGUGGAUGCGGAAGUUGGCUGAUGGCUCUAUACCAUUAAAGAAAUUGUCAAAAGCUGUCCCCCAUGGGCUUCGAAACAAAAUGCUCUUGCUACAAUGCUUGAAACAUAACAUCCCAAUUUCCAGAGCUAUCUGGCUCAUCAAAUGCAUUUCCAGCAAUGAACAACGACAACUCAAGAGAAGAGUUUCAAAUUCUGGUUCUGUUUCCCUAUUGGUUGGUCAAUGGACUGUUGAAUGGACCGAACAAGUUUGUAUGUUCUUGGAGCAUAUAUACAAGAGCUGCUCUGACGGCCAGAAUAAGGAGAAGUGGAAGUUGUCCAUGGAUUAUGGUACGAAGUUAGUUAAUGAGUUGUACUUUCAAAAUUUGUUGAACAGGGAAGUUUUCCUAUCAUGGGUUGUUCAAUUUCUAGGCAAGCUGGUCAAGGUUAAAGAUGAUUUUACCUCAAAUUUGUGGCUUGUUUCUAUUCAUUACCAUGCCAUACGCUUAUAUCUAUUUCGAAUUUUGAAGAUAGAUUACCUGUCGAAGGAAUUGGUUGAAAACAUGCUACUUGUUGUUGCUAAAAUAUAUGAAACCGGGUACGAGGAUGAAAAUGAAUACAUAUCACAUCUUUCCGAUAGGUUCAAGUACUUGGUUCGCUUCCUGUUCUAUUACAACUCCGGAAACUUUAUUAUUCCUUCAAAUUGGUCGUACUUAAAGCCAUAUUUGAGAAAAGUUCUCACGCAGGACAUGGGUGUGGUGAAGGAGCAAUUUAACCUCAUUACAUACAGAAACGAGUCUCUUAUGAUGGAUGAGUUUGAUAAUGGAUCUCCCAAUAGUUCAUCGGGGAUCUCUGAAAUUCGCUGCUACAAUGCUACUUCGAGACUCAUCUACAAACUGGAUAACUACUGCCCUUGUCACUUUGAUGAUACUGCUACAACGAAAACAGAUACUUUCACACCUGAAAAGCCUGUGGCAGCAGACUCAUCCUUACACGAUAUUAACUCGCUUCGAAAUCUUUCCAAAUUCAUAUUUUCAGAAUCUAGUCUUGGCUGGAAGCAGGCGUUAGAUACCGCAUUGUAUUGGGCCAUAACAAAAGAUUGCGAUUCAUCGUUAAGCUUUCAGAGAAUAUGUUUGGUGUGCUCUAUUUUACAAACUAAACUGUUUGCUGUGUCUACCUUGAAACGUUGGAAAUUCGAACACAUCAGAAAAGAUGUCAUUAGGGAACUUACUGGAUUCGUGUAUAAAACUGCUGAUGUCUUUGGACUACAAGCAGAUCUAGCAUCUACAGCUGAUAAAAAGCCACAGUCACAAGUCAUGGCUUACAGCAUGACUAGCUUCCUUGUGCUUAUAAGCAGGUUUUUCCAACUGGGGCUGUUCUCAAUGACUACAUAUUUGAGGAAGCUCAUAGCAUCUGGAAUCAUUUAUCUGUCAUCUUCGUUGCAUUCAUGCCGUGCCCAUCUUAUGAUUCUUUAUUCUUUAUCUUUUCUAAGCGAUGAUAAUUCAAAUAACUUGAUUAUACGUCUAUCAGAAAGAACAAAUAUUACUAUUCCAAGUGAAAUGGAAGCUAAAUCGAAGAAUUAUGCAGAAAAUUGGCUAAAGAGUUUUCUUGAAAAGGUUUCCAAACAGGGUUCUUGCAGUGGUUCAUUUGAUUCGAAGUCUGUUGUGUCUUACGAAAGUUAUUAUUCGCUUGUUGAGUAUUGCGGCUGGCAAAACGAUCAUGAUCAAUUUAUGUCGAUUGGUUUGAAACUCCAGCUUGGAUCUCAUUUGUUGUUGGAAUUGCAAAAUGUAUUCAACGAUUCAUCGGAAAAUAUCAAUUUAAACGUUACCAGUUUUACCAUUUUGUACAAUUUAUUCAAGUGCCACUUCUAUCGGUAUCCGAGGUUUGUUUAUAUGCUGUUUAAAAUGCUGGACAAAGAACGGGUAAUAAUUCAUGAUGAUGAAACCAUGGCUGUGCUGUUAAAGACUACUAUAUACAACCAAAGGCUUUUGGAUAGUUAUUUGCUUAACGAGUCGACUACUGUUUGGAGCUACGUUCUUUCCUGUCUCAAUAAAUGGAUGAAUGAAGACAGGAAAUCUUUUAAUCUUGCACGGUCGUUGCAAUUAUCACGGAUUAAGCUGGAGGGUCUUGAGAUUAAACCAUUGGAUGAGGUGUUUAGUUGCAAUGUUAGCCAGGAAGAGCUCAAUGAGUUGGGUAUAAGCUCUGUGGAACGGCUAUCAAAAAGUGCAGAGUUUUCGCAUAGUUUUACCCAAAUUAUCACAAGCUAUUUUAAUGUGAUGAAAGAAUUUAAUUCGCAUUUUAAGAUUCCUGUGUUGGAGCUUCUUCAAAGUUUACGGAUUUGGAAGCAGGAAGAUUUUGAUAACUUGCUGGUGAUGUACAUUAAAAAGACGAUUCAGCCCACAAUAACAUUGGACCAUGAUACCGACUUGAAGCUCAUAUUAAAAUUAGUCAUUGAUAAUUUGUUAACAAUAUCACAGGCAAUCAAGUUGUUUUCCACCCCUUCUGAUGGUGCAAGCAACGAGGAUUUUCAUUCAAUGUUGUAUGACAUUUUGUUCAUACAAAGUGACCAUCUUAAAGAGCAUGAGCAUCUACUUUUGAAGAUUGAACGUGCUCGAUAUCGUGAGGCAUUUCCGGACAGGUAUUACCAAAUAAUGUUUCAAUUCAUUGACUACAAAUCGUCUGCAUCUAUGGAGAAAGGUAGAACACCCAACCAAGAUGUUGAUAUUGGUGAAGUUGACGGAGUUGUCGUUCCUGCUGAUGUUAUUACUUCAAUGCACGACCUAACGAGUGUAUCUGUCAAUCCUCAACUUGAAAAUAGUGGAACCCAUGAUGAGUUUUCGGCCAGUGGAAAUUUGACUGGCAACACCGAUAUCGUUAAUUAUGUUUGGUCUUUGUGUACGACCCAUUUCAGUACCUUCAUUGAGUUACUUUAUUCCGAGUCUGGGUUCUCAAACUCUGAAGCAGUGUGGAAACUUUUUUAUGAAAACAUCUUAGCAUUAAAAUAUAGUGAUGAAGGUACUAAAGCAAGCGAGUUCAAUCUUCAGCAAAUCAUGAGGAGAGUGAACUACUACAAUCUUCAUAUAUGCCAAUGGCUUUUCAAAUGUAUGGUGGAAGGAAGAUUGAAUCAUGCAAAAGGUAAUAAUAGCUUAAACAACGAAGUGAUGGGUAUAUUAAAGCAAACGCUAACUGCUUUCGUUAACUUAGAUAAGGCACCAGACGACUAUUUAAUUGGAGAGUUGUUCGAAUAUUUGAACAGCAACGUUAAAUUUAUGAUCUUAUCUUCAGCAGAGGAUUUAUAUUUGGGCGGUAGAAGCUUCCCACAACUCUUGGUGGGAAACGGUAAGGAUGCCAGUAAAAUUUUGGCAAGAGUCAUUUCUUGUUGCUCAAGAUUAGAGCAGUACAAGGUUGGAGAAAUUCAGAUGUCAGAUGAGUUAGUGUUUUCAUUGAAUGCAUCUUUGGAAAAAAUGAUUUCGUACUGUCACAAACUGGAAUCCAAAGGUGACAUAUAUUCCUCUAACCUUAAUAGCCCGAUCGAGCUUAUUUCAAAAAUCAUAUUGGUUCAUAAGGGCUAUUUGGUUGCUCUAAUGAUGAGGCGGUCCUCGAACUUGCAGAAGGAUAUCUUGUUAGUGAACUUGCUCAAGCUUUUCAGAACAAAGCUUGUGGAUAAGAAUCUCAAGCUCAAGAACUUACUAUAUGAUAUCUUGAUAUCGAUCAAGACAUUGGUUUCUGAGUACGUUACAAAGCAGUAUAUGACGCAGCAGGCAGGACAACAACAACAGUCUGGACAAAUGGGAUCGCCUUUGGCACGUACUGUUUCAACACCUGGAAUAUUUACAAGUAUUGGUUCACCUGAUUAUUCGCCGGGUACAGGAGGAUCAACAAUCGAUUCUGAGCUGUCUCCAAGAAGAGGUGCAUUUGACUCAAAAAGGUAUCAAGGUCUACCUUCAACAUGGAAUGAUAUGUUGACUAUCGAACCACAGAACUUCAGUCUCAGGCUCAGGUUGUUAGCCUCGAACUUUAAGCUGGAGGAUUAUCUCGGUACAAAAGAUGAUGAGUACUAUUUGAUGGACAAGGAAUCCGGAUUAAUUACGAAGUGUUAUUUCAAGAACUUUGACCUAAUCGAGGAUGCAAGUCCUUAUGAUACGAUGAACAACAGUAGCUUAGGCUUGCAGUUGUUUGAUUGUGUUAUUGAGAGGAGAAAUCCGCAGUAG